AUGGAUCCUGUGUGAGGGGCAGAGGGCGCGGCCGUAAGCCAAGGCUCUUGGCCUGAGCAGUCGGAUGGCUGGAGUGGCCACCACCUGUGCCCGCAGAGACCGGACAGAGGGUGCAGUGGACUGAAUGCUUGUGUCCCCCCCAUUUCCUAUUGAAAUUCUAAAGUGACGGUGUUAGGAGGUGCUCAGGUCAUGAGGGUGGACCCCUCAUGGUAGGAUCAGUGCUCUUAUAAAAGGGACCCCAUAGAGCUCCCCAGCUCCUCCCACCAGUGAGCAGCCCUGAGAAGUAGGCCCUCUGCGACCAGGAAGCGGGCCUCAGCAGAGCCCAUCCACGCUGGCACCCUGAUCUCAGACCUUCAGCCUCCAGAAAUGCGAGAAAUAAAUUUCUAUUAUUUAUGAGCCACUAGUCUAGGUGCUUUGCUGUGGGAGUCCCAACUCAGACAGAAGGUUUGGGAGAGCCUGAGGUUUCCUGUUGAGGAGUUAGGCUGGAGAUCCCGGGAGACCUCCUCCGCGGACACGGCAAUCUGGCCCUUUGACAUAAAUGUGACUGACGGGCACAUAGAUGGCAUUUUUAGCCGAGGCUGCUGGGCCCUCUGGAGGGAGAUGAGACCAGGGUGCAGACAUAAGCUCAGCCCCGCCCGCCCCGCCCCGCAGCUCUGGAUUCAGGAGGGAGAAGCGACCAGCCAAGCAGCCUGAGAAGCGGCUGCCAGCUUGUGAGGGAGGAGGUCGGUCCCCAGAGCAGGCCCCGGAGAGCUCGCUGUAGCACCGGCACAGUAACGUCCGGGUCCCAGCUGGUCCCCUAACAGCCACCCCCCCCGGCUCUCUCCCUUCCCCGCUGUUCUCUCCUGAGCACCCGGCAGGGUGGGCACCGGUGACCAGGUGAUGCGGGCAGUUCUGGGGACAGAGGAGCUGUGGUUUCAGCAGCCCUGGUCCCGAGGAGCCCCGCCCAGCCCUGCCCUCAGGCCGAGGCAGCGGCCCACCCACCACGGCCCUGAGCUGGUGCGUCCCCCUGCUUUCGUCCGCGGGGGCGGGGGCUCUGGGGGGCGACCGCGGCCACCGCACGGGCCCCCAGCCUCUACGGGGCAGUGCUUCUCCGCGGGGGCGGGGGACUCAGCGGGGGGUGGGGGUUGGGGGGGUGGGCUCGCGCAGGCGGGGCGGCGGGGCGGGCGGGGCCGAUCGCUCAGCUCCGGGCUGUCAUUUGUCGUUAAAUUUAGCGGCGGGCCGGUCAGCCGGGCGGCGGCGGGGGCUAUAAGCGGCCGGGGCGCCCACCCUCGAAGCAGGAGUCCGAGCGAGGAGACGGCGCUGGAACCCAUGGACACGUCGUACCCCCGCGAGGACCCCCGGGCCCCGACGCCCCGCAAGGCCGACGGCACCGCCCACACGGCCCUCACGCUGGGGGCGCCGCGACCCCCACCUCGAGACCACUUGAUCUGGUCGGUGUUCAGCACCCUCUACCUGAACCCGUGCUGCCUCGGCUUCCUGGCGCUGGCCUACUCCAUCAAGGCCCGAGACCAGAAGGUGACUGGAGAUCUGGAAGCAGCCCGGCGGCUCGGCUCCAAAGCCAAGUGCUACAACAUCCUGGCCGCGGUGUGGGCUCUGGUGCCGCCUCUGCUGCUGCUGGCGCUGGUGGUGACCGGCGCCCUGCACCUGUCCCGGCUGGCCAAGGGCUCCGCCGCCUUCUUCAGCACCAAGUUCGACGACUCAGACUAUGACUGACAGGCUGGGCCCUGUCCCCCCCUGACCCAGGGACCCCAACCCCGGGGGCUCCACCCUCAUCACCCGGAACCCUGACUUGCCUACGGGCCUGAGGCCCACCCUCCAGCCCCGGCCUGGGCACCUAACACUGACCCUGAAGAUCCUCCACGGGGACCCCAGGGCCUUACCCUCACCUUGAUGCCCCCAGGCCAGCUCCUCCCUCCCCAGUCACCAGGCUCAGCCUCAGUUUCACAAUUAAAAGCGCCUGGCUCCAGAAA